AUGGAGAUGUGGCGGCAGAGACGCAAAAUACAUGAGAUGAUGACAAGGGGUGCCUCAUCGCUAGCUGUCAAGGGGCAAAUGGAGAAAUUACAAGAUAUGGAAGUCAUGCAGCAACAUUUAGCUACUUUUCAGAAACCCGUUGCGUCGUUCCGCCUCUUUAACGGGUCCCUGGUCGCAUCCUUUUUGGAAACAUUUGAUCUCCUCCACAGAAAUCUGUCGCCACCGUUCCGGUACUUGCCGCAAGACUUUGAACAUGAUUUGCCGUUUAAAUGGGUGUCAAUUUUUGAGGAGCCGGUGAUGUUUUUUAAGAGUUGA